AUGAAUGAUAAUUUAGAGCAAGCCCAAAACGAAUUAAACCGCAUUAAAGGUAAAUUAGGAAAUAUUGACAACGAAUAUUUGGAUAAAUUAUUAGCCGACCAAAAAGAAUUAGCGACAGUAAAAGCAGAAUUAGCCGAAACUCAACAGCAACUAAGAUUAAAAGAAACCGAACUGAAUGACUUAAAAACACAACUCCAAACUGCCACAGAUAAUUUAACUACUAGCCAAGCAGAAAACACCGAACUAAAUAAGCAAUUACAAAAUAAAGAUAAUCAAAUUGACAACUAUAAAGGAGAAUUAAGCAAAACCGAACAAAUAGCUCAAAAUUAUUGCACUACUAGCCAAGAGCAGUUAAAGAAAAGCGAAAACGAAACUAAAUCACUUGAAAAACAACUAGACCAAACCAACUCUAAUGCCCAAAAGUUAAAAACAGAUUUAGCGGAUUACGAAACACAAAAUAAAGAUUAUUAUCACAAAAUUAAUAACCUUGAACUUGAAAUUGGAAACUUAACUGAUAAAUUAAAUGAACUUAAAGCACAAAACCAAACUCUUACGAAACAAGCCCUAAAUGAUAAAUCCACCAUUAGCGAUUUAGAAAAUGAAAUUAUAAUUUUUGAAGAAACACAUUUAGCAGAAACUAAAUUUAGCCAACGAUUAUCGAGAAAACUAACCGAAAUAGCGAAAGAACUAGAAGAAGAAAUAAAAGCCAAUGAUAAACUAUAUUCAGAUUUGGAAAAUCUUUCGGCAAGAGAGGAGGAAAGUUGUAAUUUGAUGUUGAAAGCAAAAGAAAAUUUAAUUAAACUAACUACUCAAAACGCUACCUUAGAUAGAAACUUAACAGUAAAACAAGGAGAAUUUUCCGAAGAAUUAGCAAAAAAUGCCCCAGAUUACAAAGUUAACAAGAACAAACCUAAAAAAGAAGCAAUAACUGUUGAAUAUAGUCGAGAACUUUUGGAGGAGAUAAUAAAAAUAGUAGGAAGGCGAAUAAAAGCCCAACACAAAAAGAACGCUAAUUUACAAACUAAACUAAAAGAGUUAAAUGCGGAAUGGAAAGAAAGAGUUAACCAAGUCCAAGAUUUAGAGGAAAUUCUGGCUGAUAAAAAUAGUAAAAUUGCUAAAAAUAGCCAAAUUGUUAAAGGCAAAGAUAAUAAAAUAAAUAAGUUAAAAAAUGAAAAAGAGCAUUUAACUGAAAAAUGGCAAGAAGAACAAGGGUUAGUUAAUGGUUUAGAAUUUGAUUUAGAGAAUAAAAACCAGGAAUUAACUACUGAAAAAACUAAUCACACUAAUACGCAAAACCAUUUAAAUAACCAGCAGCAACAAAAUAGUAAUCUCCAAACCCAGUUGGUAAAUGCUAAUAACCAAAUAAAUCAGGCUGAAAUUCAUUUAGGAGUUGCUGAUUUAAAUAAUUUACCGAAUAUGGGGGGCAGAACUUUAAUUCAGUUAGUAGGUCAUGUUUGUCCUACUCUUCCCCCUCAUACUUGUUCGCCAUGUGUUCUACCACAUUUACCGUCUCCUCAUGUUUGUCCGAUUGUUAAUAAUGUUAAUUGUUCGCAUAGUGAUUAUGAGGAAAUUAAAGAACAAAAAAAUACUUAUCAAUCACAACUAGAAACUGCCCUUAACGAAAAAUCAGUCAUUAUCAGCAAAAUUAAUCAAGAAUGUAAUUUAGACUUAAAUAACCCAAGUUUAGAGCAAGUAAUUACUAAAAUUAAAGAACUAAUUAACAAACCACCAACUUUCACUGGAAAUGAUGAGAACUUAAAAAAAGAAUUAGAACAAGCCCGACAAAAUAUUAUUGGUUUAGAAAAACAACUCCAAGAAUUAAUUCCUUUUGAUGAAAGAUUAGAAAAUAUUAAGGAAAUUGAUAUAAAUUCUUUGGAAAAAGAACUAGAUAUUAAAUUUUCAGCGGAAAUUAGGGCAAAAAUGCAGCAGGCGAUGAAUUAUCAAGAAUAUUCCCUUUUAAGAAAUUCAGAAAUUAAAAAACAUUUACAGCAAAGAGCAAGUGAUAAUUUAAUUAGUCAGCCAAGUAAAGAAAUACAACUGCCAAAAGAAAGAAUGAUUUGGAUUGGUUUAUUGAUAAUUAGUUGGUUAACUAUUGGCGGAUUAUUAGUGAAGAUUGCUAAAAAAACAAAACCGAUAAAGAAACUUCUAGAAAAAGCCCAUGUAGACUACAAAGUUUACCAAGAACCCGAACAAAUUCAAAAAGUAGAUAUCUUUGCUAAUUAUGGCAAAGCCAUCAAGGAUAAAGAAAGAGAAAAGGAAUUAAAAUUACCUGGUGUAGUUAUCUCAACUAACAACUUAAAUAAGUGGAAUUACCGCUUUAUUGUUGCUCCAAUUACCAAAAGAACUGAGGAAUUUUUAGACUUUGAAGUUCCAGUAAUAGUUAAUGGCAAAGAAGGCUUAGCUAUGCUAGACCAAAUAAAGACAAUUGACAAAUCGCGACUAAUUAAGAAACUAGGAAAAUUAACUGAAAAAGAAAUGUUAGCGAUUAGAGAAAAGAUAGAUUUAGUUUUUGAUUAA